CUUAUUGGCACUUUAAACAAAAAGUAAAAGCUGACUUAAUGUUUUAAUCAUUUCUGCGAAUUUCCAUAUAUAUAUAUCAAAGUUGCCUUUGUCAAGAUUUGUUUACCGGCAUAUGACCACUGUCAUUUUUCCUGGGAUCAAUUAAGGGCAAUCCAAUGAUGUGUAAGUUAAUUGAAAGCUCAUGCAACAAUUGUGCAGUUCCAAUGCACUUGUUGCCAGUAUAAUAAUUGAUUCAUUUAUUUGACCUUUAGGGAUUGCUCUUACUGCAACCUUCUCCAUCCACAAGUGUCUUUAUUAGUGUCAAACAUAGUAUUCCCUUUCCAAACAUCAGUUAGCAAUGCUUCACUCACAUCCCUCAUAUUUAUGUCUUCUGUUUCCUGCUGUUGGGUUAUCUCAGCCAAGAAAUUGAGUCAUAUGACUUCAGUAUGUGACAGGCUUGAGAGUGUUUGCCGAAAGGAAUAUUAUAUCCUGUUAAGAAAUCUCUUUAGCACAAAGAGAUAAUAAGAUAUCUACCUAAUCAUGUGGCCAUCAAAAAUAAGAGAGAAAAAAAAUUUAUUUUAUUUUUUACAAUCCAGGUAGUUUCAAGAUCUAGCAUGUGGAAAAACUUUGCAGAUUAUAUUAAUGAAGUAAGAAAAUAUGUUAAAAUUAAUUGUGAACAGCAUGCAAACAGUGGCUUCAUGACCUUAACUGACAAAAUGAUGACUAAAAACAUUCUAGGAAUGUUUCUAUUAGCUGCAGAGCAACCUGCUGUUUUGUGUAUUGCUGUGUCAGCAUGCACACAGGUGUAACCCUGCCUUGAUAAUGUUGUGCAAGCAUGUUCAAGGUAGAGAAUUCAGUUCCACAUCCCCUUGGGCUUUCUGCACAGCAGCAUGUCAACAAUUUCUGCCACAACGCUUAAAACAGAUGCCACCUCAAAGGUCCUUCCGGGAGACAAAACAGGACUUCCCUUGGAGAUAUGGCAGAUAAUCUUCUCCUACUUAUCUGUACGUGAUCUUUGCCAUGUUACUUGUGUCAGCAAAACAUGGCACGACCUUUCCCUCAGCAUGGACAUGACCCGCUGGAAAGAGCUGUAUCUGGGCUGCACUGAGUGGAAACAUCCAUUCUGGCCACUUAAUGUUCAUGCAGAGCCCCUGUCAUGGAAGCUGUCAUAUCGAGAACAGUACCUUGCUACUCGCUUUUGGCAACAAGGACUUCAGCAGUCUCCAGGUGCAGGCUGUAUGAAUAUACUGAAGCGGAAACGAGAAAGGCAAACGAUAGAGGUUGGACCUGGUUUGGAGCACCAGACACUGAAGAGCGCCCUUAACGCUGCCAGUGCCUAUGACAAAAUUAUUAUCCACCCAGGAAUCUAUGAUGAGCAAUUUGAAACAUCUGUGAAAUGCCCUGUAGAGCUGGUAGGAGCUGGAGAACUGGGAAGUGUUAUUCUAGUGGUGUGCAUUGAGCAGCUGUCAGAGACUGGACGGCUAACCAAUGUUGUAUUGCGUGCUCCUUGGUUCACGUCUUUUGUGCUAAAGGUUAGAACCGGCUACAUCCAGGUGGACAACUGCAUCAUAGAGGAUGGGAUGAUGUAUGUCCAAAAUCCAGCCACCUGUCACACUCAGUUUUGUACAUUCCGUCAUGCCUCAAUUAUUCUUCAGCAUCUGAAUGCAAGUGUCAUCCGCAACUGUGAGUUUUCACAGAGUAACAAUGCCAACAUCAUCAUUGAAGGGUACAUGAAGGAAGAAAGAAGCUGGGCAUACCAGCAUCUCUGCCAGGAGAUCAGCUCCAUCUUCUCCCAGAGACAUUCUCUUUCCCGCAGAUAUCACCUAAAGCCAACAGAAAGCACCACAUCAACUGUUACAGGAAAGUCCUAUGUUGCCUCCAUCAUCAGAACUUUUGACACUUUGUCCCAAGGCCAAGGUGGUGAUGCCCUUGAAGAAAUGGACCUCUUGAAGGGGACAAAACAACAAAGGAAGAAUAGCACUUUUCGGCGACCUAGCUGUCAGAGUGAACCUCUGCAUUGUUCUAAGCAAUCAGACAUUCUCAAGAUACAUCACAACUGCAGCAGAAGCAACAUUAGAAGGCGGUCUGACUGUUGUAAGUCAGAGAAAGAAUGGGAGGAUGGAGAGUGGCUUGAAAUUAAUGAUGAGCGAAACCAUUUCCAUUGCCAACGUCCUCUUUCAAAGAGGAGAGAGUCCACAGCUUCUGAUCACAGAACUAGGGUUGUGAAUGGUGUGGAAAUGCACUCUGGCAUCAGAACCGGUGUCAUUCCUGAAAGCCACAUCUUGUGUCAAGGUGUAACAAGUGCAUGCACUCAUGCUGCUGAUGGCACUGAACAGUUCCAAGUUGAUCACGAACCAAGUGGCAGUGGGAGUGCCAAGUCAACACAAAAUCAAGAUGGCAGCUUCCCCAUUUCAGCAAGGAGUAAGAUACUAGACAUUUAUAACUCUUCUGGCAUUGCUGCCAGUCAACAAAAUGCUGACUCCCAUCCAGAUUUAAGCAGAGGUCAGAAUGCAGGUGUAGACAGUGGUGACGAGACUGAGCAACACUUGGGCAACCAUUAUGAAGAAGAUGCUGACAUGCAUCCCAGCAGACAACACAAACAGCAUCAAAAUGCCCAUAUGUAUUCAAUCCAUUGCCAGGGCAAUAGACAAGAGUGUGAAGUGAAUGGUAAUGCAGAGCCCUGUGACCUCCACCUUCAGGAGCAUGAUCACCAGCAUCAGCUACAGGAGGCUGCAGCAGCUCAUGAUGAUGGUGCAGAGCGCAGAUCUCAUCAGUCAUACAACAGUGACAGCUGCAGUAGUAAUGAGGAUGAUCUCUCCCUUCUGGAUGAAUUGGAUUCUGGAAGAUCAAGUAGUGCCAGAGAUUCCAUCAACAGCAACAGAAGCACUAGCAGUAGCAGUUCAGCUGAUGAAUCCUACAGAGUUUUUCCCCCUGACCAUGAAUUGGACCUGUCUGAUGGAGAGGAGUCAGUCAUAAUGCUACCCCAUCUACGCCACAGGCACUUGGAAGCAUCUUUGUCAGCUAACGCUGUAAACGCAGACGUGGGUUCCAUAUGCAGCCAAACCACACGUCGCAUCACUCUCAGUGCAUUACAGGACGAAGGGGUACUGAUGAGUGUUAAUAAGGUGCAAGGUUGUCUGGUACAUCAGUGCCGUAUGAUUCACAGUAAAGGUGGAGUCAUGGUUGGUCUACAGGCUCAUGCCAUCAUCUCAGAGUGUGACAUCAGUAAUGUUGGCUAUGGGAUUCGCUGUAUACAGAAUGCACAGGUAGUUAUAUCAAGGAAUCACAUCCAUCAUUGUAGAACAUCUGGGAUAUUCAUGCGUCUUGGCUCUACAGGUCUUGCUGCUGGCAAUGAUAUUCACUCUAACAACGAAGCUGGUAUUGACAUUCGGAAAAGUGCAGACCCCAUUGUGCAGCACAACCAAAUCCACCAUGGGAAGAGGUCAGGUGUGGUUGUGCUGGGUAGUGGACGUGGACAGAUCCGAAAUAAUGAUAUUUACAGCAACAAGGAAGCUGGCAUCUAUGUUCUGUAUGGAGGAAACCCUACCAUCAGUGAAAACCACAUCUAUGAUGGCUUUGCAGCAGGGAUUGCUAUCAAUGAAGGAGGAAGAGGGUUAAUAUAUGAAAAUACUAUUGAAGGGAACCGUUGGGGUGGAGUUGAUGUUCGACUGGGCAGCAACCCAACGGUCUGUAGAAACACAAUUGCUGAUGGUCUUGGAGAUGGAAUUGUCAUUGGAGAACGUGGUCAGGGUGUUAUUGAAAACAAUAUUAUAUCAGGUAACACCGGGUGUGGAGUGUGGAUAAUGAGUGCUAGCAAACCCUACAUACAUGGCAACCAGAUCAGCGAAAAUGGAGACGCUGGCAUCAUGAUGGUGAACAAGACGGAUGUUCAUCAUGAUCCCAGUCACUUGCUGCCACCCAGCUCCCACACAACACAAGCUGCCUCCCACUGUGGCAGUGUCUUGGGAAUGUUGAUGGAAGACACGCCACCAGCACCUUCCAAAUGUUGUCAUACAACAGUUCAGUACAACAAUAUAUACCACAAUAAAGGCAGAGGAGUAGGGGUGGAACUUGGGAACUUGGUGGACAUCCUGUACAAUGCCAUCUAUGCAAACCUGGAUGAUGGGGUGUGGGUUAACCAAGAAGCCUCUGUCACCAUAAGUGGCAACAGCAUCAGUAACAAUCAUGGUUGUGGCAUCGUCACUUCCCUCACCACUUCAAUGAUCAUUGAAGGCAAUGGAGUUUAUGAUAACCGUGAAAGUGGUCUCUUGUGUAAAGGAAAUGCUGAUAUCCACGACAAUGAUGUGGUGGGAAAUUAUGCAGGGGGCAUAAGCCUGGAGAGCAGAGCUCUUUGCAGGGUGUGCAGAAAUCGAAUCCACAGUCACUCUGGCUCCACCAUCAAGGUAGCAGCUACUGCUAGGGAAAGUAUCAUCACUGACAACUGGCUUUAUGAUAGUGGAGCUGGCCAUAUCCUGGACUUGAGCAAACAUGCUACUGUCAGGGAUAACAAGGUGACUCAACUGCCACAGGAGAUAGAGAGUGCGAUAUGCACAGGUCAGAGCAUUAAAGAUGGCACCUUCAACAAAUGUCACUUUUUGAGAGAUCCUCCAGCACGUCCAGUCAUUGCAGCACCUCCCCCUCCAUCCACCCUUCCUGCACACAACGUUAGUGCCAUCACCAAGAUAAUGGUGCCAUCUGGUGAUGACUGUCAGCAGGGGAGCAAACUAUGCAUUGUACUGUGAGUUGUCAUACUGUGAUAAUGAUCAAGCUGUCUCUUAUAAGGCUCAUGAAAAGAAAAUAUGUUUAAGGAUUGCAAUAAGUUUUUUUUAGGAUACAGCCAAUUCCUUGCUUAUCACUCUGUAGAUUUGAAACAGGCUUUUGUAGUCAGGGUAUUAAAAGGAAAAUUUGUUUAGCGCUGUGUCUGAUUUAAAAUUAGUCUUCCAAGUCAUCAGCAAAAACAGUGUUAGCAAAGAGCCUUGACCAUAAAGACACACACAACCAACUCAUGCCUCAUAAAAUAAUAUGAAAAUGGUUUUUGAAAAAAAUAGUAUGGAUGGUGAAAUAUUAAGUUAUUGUGAAUUGGGAUUUAUCACGUUUGUUAAAUGUUUGCUCAACAUUCCUCUUCAAAUCAAAAUCUAAUCACUGUGUUCAUGCUAGGUGGGGGUUUUUUUGGCAUCCAUUGUGACAGCAACUAAACUAGGUAAUAUAACUAUGAAGAAAAAUGUUUUAAAGCUAUGUGGAUUUGUUACAAGAUUGAAAGUUUUGUAAACCUACAUUAAUUUAAGUAGGUUGUUAACUCCUUUUUAUACUUUAUAAUUCAGAUAUGGGUGUGACUGGUAAAAGCUGUACUCUGGAAUGAAAGAAAAAUAUAAAUAAAAUUUUUAAAAUGUAUAAAUUAUAUGAAACAUGCAUAAUUUAUAUAGUCAGACAUCAUUCCUCUAAUUUAUGAAAUGUUUUGCUUGUUAUGUUUUUACACAAUCAGUGGAACACCAUGAAUUUCUGUUAUGAAUCCGUCCUUAUAUCAUUUUCAUUCCUUUAUUGUGCCUUGCUGUUUAUUUCAUAACUUAAUUUCACUGCUAUUUUAAAAGAUAACCCUUGUCUUGUAUUUUUUUAAUUUUGAAAUUGGAAUUCUAUGAUCACGUCUUAGCAUAUUGCUCUUAAUUUAGUCUCAGUUUGCCAACUAUUAUCAUGCCAAUCUAAUCUUUUAUUGCACUUUGUAGCAGAGCGGAUUUUCCCUAAAUUAUAGAUAAUAUAUCCCCUUUGUUGCCACCCUUAAUUCUGGCAAGAUGAGUAUGGAUUGUAGAACAUUUUUAAAGGGCACUGUCAAUGUUAUCAAACACUUGUCAGUAUUAUAGAUGUUUGCUUUUUUAAAGUUUAUAUCUUUAAAAUUAAACUAGAUGUGGAUGACUGCUGAUGCAUAUGGAUCACAUGCUUUGUCAUUAUUCCAUUAAAGCACAAAUAGUUCACUCCGUCAUUUUACAGUAAAAGUACCCAAGAUGUGGUUGAAGGCUU